AUUUGUAAAUAAAUGGAUGAUGAAUUUAAAUCAAAGUAUGGUUUUGCAGCACUUCAAAAGCAGGUAUCAGAGAAAGAGAAGGAUAAGGACAAAGCAAUUUUUAAGCUAUGGAAUGGGAUGAAUUUAGAUGAAUUGGGGAUGUCUGUUUAAGAUAACAAGUAUGAUUAAAGUUAGAUUAGAUUACCGGGACAACCAACGAAGAUUAUUUCACCUUUCAUAGAUGAUAAUGCGACUCAACCGGAUCCUCUUUCGAAGCCUCAUGACUGGAUUAAGCAAAAGUUGAUGCCUCGUUAGAAUAGUGUGAAUAGGAAGAAGGAGAUGUUCAGUUAGUUUUCAGAGGAGACGAAUUUCUACAUAUUUUAUAAUGUGAUGGAUGAAGAAUAGUAGUUAUGGGCUGUGGAGAAUCUGUAAGGAUGCAUUGUGUAUUUAGAUAUACGAGAGGAUGGAGGUACAAUUUGAGGAAGGAGCAAUGGUUUAAGGAUUUGCAGUUGAUAAACAAGAAUUUGUAUUCUGGGAAGUAUUUCAGUAUUCCAAACUGGAAAAUAAUGGAGAGUUCAUAAAUAGAUAUGUCGGAAUCUGAUUUGUGCAC